AUAAAGCGAGUUUGAACUUUUCAUUCUUGGAAACAUAUUGCAGACAAGAGAGAGUAGCGAGAGAAACAUCUUUGCUAGCAAGUUGUAAUGGUGGCUCUGACGUGUUUACGCGGCACAGGAAGCUUUGUGUGUUUGUGUAUUUUCCUUUUGUAUUUUUUUUUCAAAAGCCCUCUCUGUGGGUCGCACGGGCGAGCUGGCGGUUUAGCCGACUUGCUAGCUGUCGUCAAGUUGGAAGAAGUGGACAAGACGGUGGCUAAACGGGAGCCCAUCCGACCGACACAGACCUAUGCGACGGAGAAAAGGUGAGGGAUGGAGAUGAGAGAGUUGACUGUGGUAGCUGGUAGCUUUGUGGGUUUCCAGCUGCUCUUCUCUGCGGCCAGUCCUUUACUCUCUUCAGCCAUCUCACCAAGUUAUGGAUCAUUGCCUCCCACUAAGCAUACUGAGUGGAACUCCAGGUUGGUGUCAACCGUUCACGCUCUGAUAGUGGGAUUCUUUUGUUUGUACAUCCUAUGCUUCGAUGAGGCGGUCAACGCCAAUCCUGUCUGGGGGGACCCCAGUAUGGUCAAAUUAAAUGUAGCCAUAACCUGUGGCUACCUACUGUAUGAUUUGUUGCUGCUUGCAUGUAAUUGGAGCACUAUGGGGGACAGAUUUUUUGUCUGUCACCACUUGGCGGCGCUGUAUGCAUAUGGAUAUGUGCUGACACGCGGCGUGCUGCCCUACUUUGCCAACUUUCGUCUCAUUUCAGAACUAUCCACACCCUUUGUGAACCAAAGGUGGUUCUUUGAAGCAUUAAAAUACCCCCGCUCAAACAGGAUGGUGGUAGUAAAUGGUGUCGCGAUGACAGUGGUCUUCUUCCUGGUGCGCAUUGCUGUCAUGCCAACCUACUGGGCAAGUGUAUUUUCCACAUUUGGCACUGAAGACUUUGAGCGCCUGGGCUCGGGUGCCCAGAUAGCUUGGAUUACCUCCUGCGUAGCCCUUGAUAUCUUGAACACUAUCUGGAUGUUCAAGAUCACUCGAGGCUGCUACAAGGUAAUGGCCGGAUCGAAAGCUCAGAAGGAUAAAGAAAGAGUGGAGGCAUCGACCUGCUCGGACAAGAAAAAGCAUGCCAACAACCACACAGACUAAAAGAGAACAGAGGGACACAAGCAGGGGGAGAAGCUGCACAUCUAGGACGAUCUCCACCCUCAAAUCCUGAAACUCAGCCCUCGAUCUUCCUGACGUUGACCAAUAGAAGUUGGUGUAAGUCCUCAGGUUCGAACCCAGACACAAGACAUGGGGACUCAAUCAAGCACCAGCCUUUGCAGCCUCGGUGGUUUUCACUGGCAGGUGAGCAUCCUGCUGCUCUUUGUUGCAGACGAUGAGAUGGCGCUCACAAGUACACUUUUUUUUUUUUUUUUUUUUUUAAACCCGCAUCUUGCCCCCCUUACCUCUGCUUUCGUUCAACAUCUCCACCUUUGUGUCUCGUCUCACAUCAGCCAAAGCCCAAUCCUUUGAAGUGCCUGUGAGCAAUAGGCUAGUCACGGUUGAAUAAGACCGCAGUUUAACACUUAAAUGCUCCCUCUCUGUUGGCCCUUUUCUACUCUGUCCAAAUUCCAGGAGAUGUAGCAUUUGAGGCCCAUACUAAGUCUGUGAAUCGACAGGGCUCUUGUCUUAAGCGCACCAGACCUCGACUAAAACGGAACAACACCACAAUGCCUCGUCUCCAGUAUUUCCUGCUGUGGCCUCUUUGUACUAGUCACCAGCCAUUGCCCUCAUAGCCCACUCCGAUUGGAAUUACACACAAAAAUCAAAAGACUAAGAUCAUACGUGUACGAAAUAGAGACACAUCGUAGCAGACAUCUGUAGCUUUGUAUUUGGCUCCUCUCGUCCAACUGUCGAUUUGGAGCCCUCUUUGUGCUCUAAUUUUGCAUAGCCUUAAGCCCUUGUCAGUCUGAGUAACAAGACCAUAUUAGACUCAUCACAUCAUUUGCCUCACUGGAUUGGGCUUCACUUUUUAUUUUUUAUUUUACUUGUUCCACCUACACCCUUCCACCCCCUUGCCUUAUCAUCAGCACGCUUUUACUUUUUCCUCUCUCUACUCUCUCACGUCCUUCAUCUCUCAAUAACAGAAAUAAUCAAGGUGGAGGCCAAGUAGAUGUGUGGAUGAACAACAGCCUUUUCUUUCCUUGACUCCAAGUUUUGUAUUCGAUGCCCUACUUCAAAACCAGCAUGGUGCGUUUUCCUUUUUUUCCCCCUAUUAAGCAGUUUUUUUGUGUUUUUGUUUUUUAGCAAUUUCACCAAGCAAUAUAAUGUAUUUUUAAAAGCAAGAAUUUCUAAUUAUUCAAUUCAUUUUUGAUGUAUCAUUUCAAACCAAGCCAGAGUUUUUGGAAUGCUCCCACCGGCAAUGUGGCAUUCUGCAUGGUCGUAUUUGUAUGGUGGCAUUAGCCUCAUUCCCACUGAACGGCAUGUUUCAGUUUACCACACUACAGAUGGGAUCAGUAAAUCCAGACGUGCAGCUGUUGGAGUUUGAACUGCAUCGACCUAAACCUCUGCUAUGGUUCAAUGUUAUUCUGCUCAAUAAGGCACCGGCAUUGAAACGGGAGUGGAAAAUUUCAAGAAAAUAAAGCAAAAGGCUGCACUGCAAAGUGCAGUGUGCGGACAGGAACUACAGUGGGUACGGAAAGUAUUCAGACCCCCUUAAAUUUGUCACUCUUUGUUAUAUUGUAGCCAUUUGCUAAAAUCAUUUAAAUUAUUUUUUUCCUCAUUAAUGUUCACACAACACUCCAUAUUGACAGAAAGAAAAUUAAUUUUUUUAAAAAGAAAAACAGAAAUAUCACACAGCCAUAAGUAUUCAAACCCUUUGCUGUGACACUCAUAUAUUGAACUCAGGUGCUGUCCGUUUCUUCUGAUCAUCCUUGAGAUGGUUCUACACCUUCAUCGGAGUCCAGCUGUUUGCGCUUAUACUGUUUGAACUUGAUUAGGAAAGCCACACACCUGUCUAUAUCAGACCUUACAGCUCACAGUGCAUGUCAGAGCAAAUGAGAAUCAUGAGGUCAAAGGAACUGCCUGAAGAACUCCGAGACAGAAUUGUGGCAAGCCACAGAUCUGGCCAAGGUUCCAAAAACAUUUCUGCUGCACUUAAGGUUCCUAAGAGCACAGUGGCCUCCAUAAUCCUGAAAUGGGAGACGUUUGGGACGACCAGAAACCUUCCUAGAGCUGGCCGUCCGGCCAAACUGAGCAAUCGGGGGAGAAGAGCCUUUGUGAAAGAGGUGGCUGAGCUCCAAAGAUACAGUUGGGAGAUGGGAGAAAGUUCUAGAAAGUCAACCAUCACUGCAGCCCUCCACCAGUCGGGGCUUUAUAGCCGAGUGGCCCGACGGAAGCCUCUCCUCAGUGCAAGACGCAUAAAAGCCCGCAUGGAGUUUGCUAACAAACACCUGAAGGACUCCAAGAUGGUGAGAAAUAAGACUCUCUGGUCUGAUGAGACCAAGAUAGAACUUUUUGGUCUUAAUUCCAAGCAGUAUGUGUGGUGAAAACCAGGCACUUUUCAUCACCUGUCCAGUACAGUCCCAACAGUGUAGUGUGGUGGUGGUGGCAGCAUCAUGCUGUGGGGUUGUUUUUCAGCUGCAGGCACAGGAGGACUGGUGCCAAUCGAAGGAAAGAUGAAUGCGGCCAACUGCAGGGAUAUCCCGGACAAAAACGUUCUCCGGAGUGCUCAUGACCUCAGACUGGGCCGAAGGUUCACCUUCCGACAAGACAAUGACCCUAAGCACACAGCUAAAAUACCGAAGGAAUGGCUUCAGAACAACUCCGUGACUGUUCUUGAAUGGCCCAGCCAGAGCCCUGACUUAAACCCAAUUGAGCACUUCUUGAGAGCCCUGAAAAUGGCUGUCCACCAACAUUCACCAUCCAUCCUGACAGAACUGGAGAGGAUCUGCAAGGAGGAAUGGCAGAGGAUCUCUAAAUCCAGGUGUGAAACACUUGUUGCAUCAUUCCCAAAGAGACUCAUGCCUGUGUUAGCUCAAAAGGGUGCUUCUACUAAAUACUCAGCAAAGGGUCUGAAUACUUAUGGCUGUGUGAUAUUUCAGUUUUUCUUUGUUAAUAAAUCUGCAAAAAUGUAAACAAUUCUGUUUUUGGUUAAUAUGGGGUGCUGUGUGUACAUUGAGGGGGGGUGAACUUAAAUGAUUUUAGCAAAUGGCUGUAAUAUAACAAAAACUGAAAAAUUUAAGGGGGUCUGAAUACUUUCCCUACCCACUGUACAAUACACACAAGGAACACUGAUUAGAAUUUUCCUUGAAGUAUAAUCCUGAAUGUUUUUUUAUGGUGCUUGUUUUCUUCCCUUUUAAUUCAUUCCAUUGCAAUCUGUAAGGAAGCCAGCCGAUUCUGUCAACCAAUCAACAGACUACUUCAAAAACAGACGUACACAGAAGUACUGAAAAGUGGGACGGUUCAGUUCAAAUAUUCUGGGACCCUUGUCAAUGGAAAUGCAUGAGCGCAAGGUGGAAUUGAGGCUAUUGAUCUAUUUCUGUGACGCCUUCGAGGAAUGGUCAGUAUAGAUAAAUGGCAUCUAUACAUAAAUUGCACCUUUUGCUCUGAACAUAGUGAAUGCAUGUACUUCUCCUCUCCCAGCAUGUCUCCCUCCACUUGCACAGUAGCUAUACAUGCGCACGCUGUUUGGCUAACUAAUACAUGUACAAGUCAGCGGUUCAGAUUUGAGUGUAGCCACACGACCAGAACGAGAUAACGGGCGCACGUGAAAGUCGUCCUCUGCAUGUUUCCUUUUUUGCGUGCGUCUUUUGUAUUUCUCAGUGGAUACACAGUGGGUUAACGUUGGACUUUUUAACUGUAGAACUAAAAAAGAGAGAGCGAGAGAGAGAAAAAGCACACUCCCGAUGGAGCAAUAACUCUUGACCUCCUGGAUUUCUGUCUGUCACCACAGAGGAGAGGCUGACACAUCCGGUGCCUUUUACAGAAAUAUGGACUAACAUUUUGAUAAGCAUGAACUUUCUAAUGCGAAUAUCCUCUGAUAUGAUUGUCAUUUAUGUACUCCUCUGUAUUCCAUGUGUAUACUCAAUGUAUACUGUAUAUUUUUAUAAUAUGCCUGCACAAUGAUUAAUCCGGCCAAGUAUUAAUAUAAUCCAAAGAUGAUCGGGGAGGCUGUCAUGUGCUCUUCCGUUGGCCUCUUGACAACAGACGGCCACGUCUCCAUGAAUGUUGUCAUUGGUUUCAUGAGUGACAUUAACAGUAUCCAGCGGUAUGAAGAAUGGAAUCGAGAUGUAUUUAUUUUUUGGACAUGAGAUCUUUAAAUGAAAUAAUGAAAUGGUAGGCUAAUGUCUCACUAUGUUAGCCUCCUCAAAGCUGUGAAUAGACGAGAACUACAGUGAAAGACUACAAAAGUGGAAGAUUUCCCGAGGUCAGUAGGACACUUGUGGCAUGCUGGGAGUUUGGCUCAUGCACAAAGUCAAAAUUAAACCAGACCUGCUUGUUAAUGGACUGGACUGUUGGAACUGUUGUUGUCAGGGUUUUUGUGUUGUUGUUGUUGUUGUUGUAUUUUUUUUUUUUUUUUUUUUUUUCGUUUAGUUUAAAAUUAAUAUAAAACCGCUACAAAAGUGCUUCAUCGCACAUGUUGGGGCUGGUCAGAAAUCAAUUGUUUCCAGAAGGCUGCUUAUGAUUUUAAGUGUGUGUACUGUUUUAUCAGGUUUGAAAACCACUUUGCCUUUAUUUCUUUUGAGGAGGCCAGUGUUAUAACAAUACAGGAGAUAUUGUAAGGACUAUAUUUAAUACUACAGUAUAUACAGUAGAUCUAAAACGAAUAGAUCACUGUACCAUCCUGCUUUUUAAUUAGUUCUAUCAGAGGCUAAUUGAUUCCCUGUCCUUUGGGUUAGGGUUAUUAGGGUACAAUUUAAAAAUAAAAAAAUAGAAAAGCAGCAUCACAGUUAAACUAUCUUGAGGUUAUGCACGUUUGUUUUGUUUUUGUCUUCAGUUGAUGACAUUGAAUGACUUGAAUUACAGAGUCACAAUCAGGACGUGUGUAAGAACCUCCUUAUCAAUCACCCUAUAACUGGAAAUAUUGUAGACAAUUCAAUUUAACACUUUUAAUGACUUGCCACCAUGUUCUGUUUUUCUUACCUUUUGUCCCAUUGCCUUUAUUUUAUGGAAUGUCAUAUGUUAAGUCUUUUGUUUGUUUUGCUGAAUCUUUUUUUCAUUUUUUUUUUUUUUUUUUUUAUGGGUGAGCCAGCCAAGACCACACAUAGGCUUUUUUGGGAUCCUCUGUGACGUGGAUAUAUAAUGGUUGUUAUCUACAAUAACCAUGUAAUCGUAGGGAUUAA